GAACAAAAUCAACUAACACACACACUCCCGCUCACACACUCACACACUCACACACUCACACAGACAGUCCUGACUCCUCUCACCGUCACACCAGUAAACAACUGUCCACCUAGAGUCCUCCACCACCACUCACCGUCAUCCCCUACCGGCAUAAUCCUAUCUAAACUCAUUAUUCUGCCUUCCGCCACCGCACCGCCGCUAAUUUUAACAAUUUUCCGAUCAAAAAACGAGACACACAGCAACAAUUAGAAAAAGGGGAAAAAAGGAGGAAAAACAGAAACCGAAUAUUUUGACCCGACCUGACUGCCUGCGUGACUCCUCCAUUUACCAGCUCACUCUUCUCUCUGUCUCUAGAAACGAUUUCUAUAUUUCCACGUAGGCAUAUGUUUCUCCAAUUUUCCUCCAGUUGACUCGAAAGCAACCAGCUCAGUAGAGAGAGAAAAAAUGGUGAAGCUCGUCGCACAAAAUCAGGCGAAUUGAGGUCGUGGGGAAAUUCUUUCUGACUCGGAUGUCGAGAGAGGAAGACGCACCGAAGACAUUCCGCGUUCUCGUGGAGAACGCGGAGCGGAAGUUCGCGCGCGUGCGCGACGCGCCGCUGCAUCCCUACUGCGGGAGCGGACCGCAGUACGGCCACUUCUUCCACAAGGUUUUCAAGGCGUAUAUGCGGCUGUGGAAGUACCAGCAGGAAAAUAGGGCUAAAUUGACGGAAUCGGGCCUCCAGCGCUGGGAGAUUGGGGAGAUCGCUUCGCGAAUCGGCCAACUCUAUUUCUACCAGUAUUUGAGGACUAGCGAGACUCGGUUUCUUCUCGAAGCCUACAUAUUCUACGAGGCGAUUUUCAAUAGGAGGUAUUUCGACGGCUCGACCAAGGAUCGAGGGGUUAGGUUUAAGGAAUUGAGGUUCUACGCCAGGUUCCUUAUGGUCUCCUUGAUUAUGAAUCAUGUCGAGAUGGUGAAGCUCCUUGUUCAGAGGUUUAAGGAUCUCGUCGAUGACAGUAGAGUUAAUUUUCGGGGUACCAACUUCAAAGAAUGGAGGUUGGUGGUCCAAGAAAUCAUGCGGUUUACAGAAGCUGAUUCAGGUAGCACCAGUUCUAGGCCAUUGCGCUAUACUGUCAUGUUUGAUUCAUAUCCAGCCUCACUUCCGUAUGUGGCCCGAUUUCACGCUAAGAGACUUUUGAAGUUUAGAGAUGCACUGCUGACCAGUUAUCACAAAAAUGAGGUUAAAUUUGCAGAACUCACUUUAGAUACUUUUAGAAUGCUGCAAUCUUUGGAAUGGGAACCCAGUGGAUCUUUCUACCAGAAGCACCCUGUUGAACCGAGGGAGAAUGGUGGACCAGCUGAUCAUUCUGUUACCUCAGGAUUGAUAGAUGUAAAUUUGAUGGCAGAUAUGACAGAUCCCAAUCUACCUCCAAAUCCUAAAAAAGCUGUUCUCUACCGUCCAUCUGUGACUCAGUUGAUAGCUGUGAUUGCAGCAAUUUGUGAGGAACUUCCAACAGAUAGUGUUAUGCUCUUAUACUUGUCUGCUGCAGGGAAUUCUGGUCAUUCUAGUACUUCACAAGUGGAAAAUAAUGAGAUUACAAGAAAAUCUUCUCUGCCCAGUGCCUCUGCCAACAACCAUCGUGAACAGAGGAAUGGUUUUUAUGAAAAUCAUAUUACUACAAAGGGGCAUUCAAAUCUAUAUUAUGAGGAUUAUUUAGUGUUAGGUCCAAGCAGAAAUGGAAGUUCAAAUAUCCUCUUCCCUGGUGAUCUGAUUCCUUUUACUAGGAGGCCUCUUUUCCUGAUAAUAGAUAGUAAUAACAGCCAUGCAUUCAAGGUUUUACGUGGAGCAGAAAGGGGUGAACCUGUUGCUUUGUUUCUUUCUCCUUUGAGACCUUCAUUCAAGAAUUCGAGUGUUAUUGACUCGGCACGCCAUGGAAGUCAGUUCACAUUCUUCCUGACUACUCCUUUACUGGCCUUCGGCCAGCUAGUUGAUUUUAACCUAACAGAAGAUGACAAGAAUAUGUCCAACAGCACAGAAAGCAUCCUCUCCUCUGCUUUCUCCAAAUGGGAGCAAAUUCUCUGUACUUCAACUGAUCUGGACCUUGUCUGGGCUCAACUUUUGUCUGAUCCAUUUCUUCGCCGGCUUAUUCUGAGAUUCAUAUUCUGCCGCGCUGUUCUUACUCUGUUUUGCAAAAGAGAGGAGGGCGGCCAAUAUUUACCUAUUUGUAUACCUGAACUUCCGAGUUCAGUAUCUGCCAACUCCAAAGCUGUGCAACCUGCAAUCACCCAACUCGCGAAUAACCUCAAGGUCACAGACUGCUUUAGAUCCCUUUAACUACUUAUAAAAGGGACUACUAAACUGUAUAUUGGAGUAUGAUAGAAUCGUACAAUAUGCCACCUCCUGGGAGAAAUACUUUGACUACCUACAGUUAAGUUACACGAGCAGUAUGUGAUGGUAAUCGAUAGUCUCGGGCCAUUGGUUUCUUAGAGGCAAUGAACAGUACCAGAUGGUUGGUCAAAGUCAUGCAUAGUGUCGGUGUGGCUGAGUUGAUGGUUUGUUAGCAAGUUGGGGUCUCUGAGUUUUAUAGUUUGUUAAAUUAUCACAAAAAUUAGGAGUAAUUGUUCAUAACUUUUGUAAAACAGAAUGAAGUAGGUGUUGAGGUUUUCCAUUUUUGUAUAUCCAUUUGUUUUAUUCUGUCUAGCCAUGACUUACUUGGGUUCUAAUAACUGGUGUGUAUUUGAGCAUUUGGUGCAUAGUUGAUGGAACUUAUGUAAGAUUACCAAUGUGAACUGAAAUAUUCAUGAUUCAUUAUACAGUUUAAAAUUGUGGUUA